AUGCCAACAUCUUUUAUGGCAGCUUCAGUCUGCCUUCGACAAUCAACAGAAACGCUUCUCCGAUCUCUUCUCUCGAAUCUCUCUGUUAAUGCCUCCGAUUCCGUCUAUCAUCUUCGCUUCGAGCCUUCGUCAACUCCUCCAUCGCUCUGUCAAAGUUCAACCAUCUUUCUCUCUUCGCCUAUUCAAAUCGAUGAUGAGCCACUACGCAACGCCUCCACACGCCCUCAGAAUCUUUCAAUCUCUGCUCAUCUCGCUCAAUUCGUCCAUCUCGAUCUCGCGUCAUCCUCUGUCGUCUUGAUUCAAAUUCCGAUGACCUCACUAUGUCAACACUGUAUUGUGAAUAACAUCUCAGGCUUCAUCAACAAACUUCAUUCAUCCACUGUCUCAAGCUUCAACGUUUCUCUUUUGACAAACCUUCGCUGCACGGUUCCACUUCUAUUCGAAUGCGUUCGUGAUUUGGUCGCUCUUCUCAAUGUUUCAAUCUCAGGUUUCAAUUACCUCCGUGAUUUUUCUUUAGCAAUCAUUUCAUCAUAUCAUAAAUUUAGAUCGAAAAGAGUUUGA